AUGGCCGGGCGGACGCGGACACGACGGGAACGAACCUUUAUCGGCAGCGAGUGCUGCGUGUGUGAGGAGAACCUCGAGUACACGCUGCGGGGCGAGCGGAUACUGCAGCUCUCGUGCGGCCAUGUGUCGCACGAGGCGUGCUUCUACGAGUACAUCCGCGAGUUCGAGUCGCAGCACUGCCCGACGUGCGAUGCGACGCUGGGGCUCGACAGCAGCAGAGGGGGCAACGUGCUCGACCUUGGUAGGCAGCCCUCGCAGACGGCGGCGGGCAGGCAGGCUGAUGUGCGCGCAGAGAAACUGUCGACGAUUGUGCGUUCGGUGCAGCACGAGGCGCCGCCGCCGCACGCCGAGAGCCAGCGCAGCGCAGCCAACACGCCCACGCCGUGGGACAGCCAGGCUGAGCGGCCGCACGACGAGCACCAGCAGCAGCAGCACCAGCAGCAGCACGGGCGGUCGCGCACCGGAAGCAACGCGUCGGCGCGAUACCCGCCCACGACACACACACGGCAGCGGGACAGCAGCCACAGUCGCGACCGCGGCUCCGAGCGGGGCGCGUCGCUGUCGCUGUCACAGGCGCAGUCGCGGGCCCACGGGCGCAGCGAUUCGGGCGCGACGGGGCUCGCGUCGUCGAGCGAGUAUGCCGCGACGCACGAUGGGCGGCGGCACGACUACGACGUGCAGUCUAUGGAGACGAGCCUCAGCAGCCCGCGCGGCGGCGUGCGGAGCCCCAUCCCCGCGCCCACCGUCACCGUCCGCAGCGAGUUCCCCACGCUGAGCCGGUCGCGGCAGCAGCAGAGCCUGACGUGCCUCGUCACCGUCGAGGUGGUCGAGGGCAAGUGGCGGCCCAGCCCCGACGACCUGCCGCGAGCGCCGCCGCCGCUGCCGCCGCUCGCCAGCGUGGCCGAGAGCGAUUACGAGCGCUCCAAGUCGCCCGCGCCGCCGUACGAGCCGGCGGCGCUGCUCGAUGACAUGACCGAAGACCUGCACGCCCGCGUCGACAACUGGCACGGCCUCGACUUCUCGCGCUUCGGCAAGCUGCGCCUCCAUGGCCACAUCCGCGUCGGCAAGGACCGCCAGUCGUGGCAGGAGCUCGAGUGCUACCUCUUCUCCGAGAUGCUCAUCUGCGUCAAGGAGAAGAAGACGCCGCCCCUCACCAAGACAAAGUGCACCCUCAAGGGCUCCAUCCUCAUCAAGAAGCACCUCAACCACGUCGAGCACGCGCCCGACAGCCUCGUCCUGACCCUCAGCCUCUCCGUCGCCGAGCUGCCCGCCUUCCACCUGCAGUUCCACGACCGCAGCCAGCUCGACCUCUGGCGCCGCGCCCUCAUGGACAUCCGCCUCGACUUCCCCACCGCCGCCCGCCUGCCCGACUACGACCACGACAACUCGGGCCCCGACGACGACGACUACCGCCGCCCCAAGCGCCUCUCCUCCAUCAACUCGUCCUACGGCGCCGCCAGGUCCACCAUGACCGCCCCGACCGAGUACAGCGCCCCGCGCGCCGCCGUGCCCGAGCCGCGCCCCCCGCCCUCGAUCCACGUGCCCGUCGACAUUGUCGUCGUCAUCCCCGUAUCCUCCUCCAUGCAGGGCUUGAAGAUCAACCUGCUCCGCGACACCCUGCGCUUCCUGGUCCACAACCUGGGCGAGCGCGACCGCAUGGGCCUCGUCACCUUCGGCUCCAGCGGCGGUGGUGUCCCCAUCGUCGGCAUGACGAGCAAGGCGUGGAGAGACUGGCCCAAGGUGCUCGAUUCCAUCCGCCCCGUCGGCCAGAAGAGCCUGCGCGCAGACGUCGUCGACGGUGCCAAUGUCGCCAUGGAUCUGCUCAUGCAGCGCAAGUCCAGCAACCCCCUCUCCAGCAUCCUGCUCAUCAGCGAUUCCUCCACCUCCGAUGCUGAAAGCGUCGACUUUGUCAUCUCCCGCGCCGAGGCUGCCAAGUCCGUAGCCCCUUCCUCCCACAAAUCCGCGCAACCACUGCUAACACGUAAUCCAGGGUCUCCAUCCACUCCUUCGGUCUAG